UCAUAAUUUCAAAUCAAACUAAAGUAACGCUCAGCUGUAUGAAGGUAUAAAGAUGCAAUUUUAUAUCAUCUUCUUUCUGAUCAUGGAGGUUAUAUAGCACGGUUAAAGUAAUGGAGACGGUAGAAACAAUGUUCAAUAAUAUUCAAGUUUGCUCUGCAUCAUCAGAGCAGAAGAAUUUAAACUUUAGUGGACGCCUCAAAACCUUGAAAUCGCAUUUAUCCCUGAUUGAAAAUCAUUGCCUCAAGUUCGAAGCAGAAAAAAAGACAAAAACUUUGUCUAUAAUAGUGAAAAUAUCUUUAUUUCAGUGAAGGAAGUCAUUGCGCAAUGUACAUUGUGAGGACCGAUGUUAAAACGUGCUCGUUCUUAAAUUUUUAGCUCGAUCGCUUAUAUCGAAGUCGACAGUGAAGUUCUGUGUAAUAUUGCCGCGAGUCUAACUAAAAUAAAGUACGUUCCUAUAUAAGGAUCUCUUUCAAAGCAGUUCAUUGAAAACUGUAUUCCUGCAAAUACAGAAAAAUUAUCUCAUUUUCACAAUGGACGAGUUCGAAGAGGAUGUGCACUCUACCGUUUGCAUCAACCAGACACAUUUAUGCAUAAUAUUCGCUUCAGAGGACAACUCUUCGAUGUUCUCAGGCUUCUCCGACGACGGCAACUCGAGUGAGUUGAACUGCACUGAGACCGCCGAGUGCUCCAACUUAGCGGACGUCGGGCCUAAUUGGUUUGAACUGGCACCAGUGCUGCUGGUGUACGCCGUGACGUAUGUUGUGGGUGUCGUGGGGAACGCUCUCAUCAUAAGCACCAUCUUACACUUCAAGAGGCAGAAGUCAACCACAAACAUCUUUCUCAUGUCACUUUCGUCCGCUGACCUGCUGCUUGUUCUCGUCUGCAUCCCAGUCAAGCUGGCGCGGUUGUUUUCGUACACUUGGACGUUCGGCUUCGUGACGUGCAAGCUUGUGUACUACGUACACAUGGUCUCUGCUGUGUGCUCCGUCCUCACCCUCGUCAGCAUCAGUCUGGAGAGGUACUACGCCAUCGUGUACCCCAUGCAGUCACAGUACCGCUGCACGCUCUCCAAGGCGCGUCGUCUGUGCGUUGUCAUUUGGUUCCUGGCGAUCGCUCUGGCCUCUCCGGUGCUCUUUGUGCAGGUGCACAUGGAGGUGGGGGAGGGGGUGGAGGCGUACUGGUGUGUACGCAACUUUGACUCGACGUUGCUGUGGCCGGCGUACGAGACGUACGUGCUGGUGCUGCUGCUGGGACUGCCCGUCAUCGUCAUGGGCGUCGCAUACACGUGCAUCUGCGCUGCCGUCUGCACCAUGGUCGAGACACGGCGCGAGAUGUCCAAUGGGCUACUACUGAACAGUUCAGGUCCCACGGUUAACAAAGGAACCCCUGAUGACAAAAACGAAAUAAAGCAGGUAGUGUCGAUGUUGGUGGUGGUCGUGCUGCUCUUCAUCGUAUGCUGGGCCCCCAUCCUCAUCAUCAACGUGAUGAAGGCCUACCGCGUUAUUGAGCCGUACUCCGUGGUCGUCAAGCAUCUCGGUACGGCCGCCGACCUGCUGUCUUAUAUGAACAGCUGCAUCAACCCCAUCAUCUACGGCUUCAUGUCGAAGCACUUCAGGAAAGGCUUCUUGGUCGCCCUCUGCUGUGGGCGCCUGAAGACCGAGCGCGGCAUGUCCACGUCCCUCCAACACAGCGUCACCUGCACCAGGAUGUCCACGCUCAGACUGCAGGGCAGCAGUUAUUACAAAGCUCGUCCUCGCUAUGCAUCAGGCAAGCCUCUAAGCCCCGUGUUAAGCCGCGCCAGUGAGUGCUCCCACAAACCCAUCGACUACGAUGAAGUGAGCAUCAACAACGUCACCAUUUGUUAGCGACACUAGCACUUUUAAGUGUUUGUAUACGACCUCGUAAAUUAGAUAGUAACUGAACAGUUGCGUCGCAGGGACCUGGAGUCCAAUAGACUCGGGAAAUUUCCUGACAGACCAAAAAUUGCGAGUGACACACGAGGUCGGGUUACAGCCCGCAAAUGAGGACACCUCAACAGCUCCAACCGUUGUAUCCAAGAUCCUCUCUCUGCAUCUAAUUUCCCUGUUAUCGAAACGAAAUAAAUGAUCUCAGUUUAGAUAUUAUUGGAACACAUGACGUCCUUGAGCCGUCCAGAUACAAUAUUUAACCAGAAAAUGAACGCCAGAUGUUAUAAUUCUGACACCGCUGGAACCACUGAACCGGAAUAAACCCCAUCCAGCAGUGUUUACGGACUGUUUGAGAGUCGGAAAAUCUUGGUUGUAGUUUAAUAACAUUGAAUAAGGAAUAUAGCAAGGUCAUAGGACAGAGUUUCUUUCUCAGGCGCAUAAACAUGAACUUUUCAUUGAUAGUUUUAAAAGCACUUUCUGUUCCAAAACUUCCAUUUUGAAAGUGUCGUUAUCCUUUUAUUUAAUGUUUUAUUGUGAAGAAAAUUCACAAUCACGUUUCAGAGCGUUGUGAAGACAUUUGUAUUUUUA